AUGAUAAUUGGGAAUGUUUCUGUGUUCUUUAGAGGUUACCUUGUAUUAGGGCCAGACUGGCAUCUUAUGCUCUCAAGCUGUUUUUUUAUUGUUUUUGGUUGUGCAGCGUUUCUCUAUACUAACCAUAUCACUAAUAUUUGUAUAGCUAUUGUGAUUUUAUCUAUCCUUUCCCUUGUACUAUUAUUAUUAUGUGCAUUUUCAAAUCCUGGGAUCUUAGUUAAGGAGCCACUACCGCCUCCCGAUACGCCACCACACGAACCGAGAUGGGUAGACAUGGAAUAUUCAAGACCUGAUGGCACGCGUGCGGUGGCAAAAUUAGAGCAAAAAUGGUGCUAUAGCUGCAAUAUUUAUCGUCCUCUACGUGCGGUUCACUGCAGGUUUUGUGAUGUUUGUAUCUUGAGACGAGACCACCACUGCCCGUGGACUGGAAUUUGCAUUGGCGCUGGUAACUACAUCACCUAUUUUUCUCUUCUUUGGUCAGUGUUAGUGCUGACACUUAUAGCUUUUAUUGGGGGAGUGAUAUCUCUAAUUCGACGGAUGAAGUUUCAUUCUCAGGAAGAUUCCAAGCUUGAUAUCCUAAAGGGUUUUUAUGAGGCAUUGUCGGAUACCUACUACCUGGAGUUUCUUCUUAUUUUAAUAAAUAUGAUGUGGGUAGUGGUAAUUUCGAUUUUGGCCGCAAAGCACACCUAUUUGAUUUCCAAGAAUAUGACUUCUGGCGAUUAUAUUAAAAGUAACACUGAGAAUAUUUUCGAGCAAAGUACGUUGUUAGAAAAUAUCAGGUACUCCCUGUUCUACUUCAGCGGGGCCUGUAUCCAAAGCACGAACCUAUUGCGCAGUGCAACGACUCAAGAGAGCGUAGUCGUCAUCGAAUCCGUUUGA